AUGGCUGAAUCAGAGGAGAAAGUAGAAUUAUUAGAGAAUAUAGAAGAAGUCAUGGAAGGUCUGGCGAAAGAGCUCCAAGAGUUGUAUGCAUUCAGAGAUCUUUUUUUUGAAAACCAUCCUCUUGAACUAGCUACUGAAAAGAAUAAAUUAGUAGAAGAGAAGAAGAAUGUGCUUGUCGAUAAAUUUGAGGCAAUUGACGUUGAUCGGCAAGUUCCCUUUUUAUUAAGAGGUCAGUUCCUAUAUCUAAAAGGCAGAUGCUACAACAUAAGCACCACUUAUGAUUCACGAGCAUCACAAUGUCUCAGCAAGGCAGUGAAAUUAAAUCCAAACCUUGGAUCUGCCUGGAAUGAAUUAGGGGAGUGCUAUUGGAAAAAUAUGAAUGUGAAAGAGGCAAAGGCAAGCUUUGAAGGUGCAUUAAAGCAUGAGCGCAACCGUAUCUCGUUGCGGUGUCUGUCGAUCAUCCUUCGUCAAGAGAGCGGUGGGAAAAAGCGCAGCGAGGCGGCCAACAUGAUCCUGAAGAGUGUCGACCUCGCCAAGGAGGCGGUAGCGCAGGAUAUAAAGGAUGGCGUCUCCUGGGGAGUCCUGGGCAACGCGUACCUCUGCCAGUUCUUCACCGUGGCGCAGGACCCGGCGACCUUGAAACUAUGCAUGAGCGCCUACAAACAGGCCGGGACCGACCCCGUGGUUAAGGGACAACCCGAUUUGUACUACAACAAAGGAAUUGCGUUGAAGUACGAGGAGAACUACCAGGAGGCGCUGGAGAACUUCGACUACGCCUGCCGCCUGGACCCGCCCUGGCAGCCGCCGCGGACCGAGCUGGCCAAGCUGGCCAGCUACCUCGCCGCCACCAACGAGCUGGUGAGGACGCGCGGGAAGCUGAAGAGCAAGCGGCUCACGCAGCUGAUGCAGACUCUGGACAAGAAGAUGCUGGGUGCGUACAGCCCGGGCACCUUCCACAACCUAGGCGGUAGGCGUGACGUCACGCUGGAGCUCUGCCGACUUGACACACUAGUGGAAGGUGUCAACGAGGGCAAAGUGGUGCUGGGCAAGGUCGUCGGCUCCAUACACAACGAGAACGCAGUACCGUUCACGUUCGCCAUCGUGGACGAAAGUUUGGAGUGCAUUUGCGUGACGGUCUACAACUGGGCCGACGGUCGGGGGGCGAUAAUAGGCGAUUGCAUCGCCAUACCGGAGCCAGUUCUGAAGACCCACAAGCUGGAGUCGCCACUUGCGACAUACAACUUCAAGUCGGUGAGGCUGAACAGCCCGCUGCUGCUGCUAGUGAAUGGAAAGCGCGUGGGAAGGAACCAGUUCGCCAGCACGAAGGUCACCAGCACCUACGAGAUCCAC